CUGCCUAUAUAAACCCCUGGGGCUUGCAGAGCUGAAACAGGCAAGUGCCAGAUGGAUAUCCCAGCAGUUCAGACUGAGCGAGAAGACAUCACCUCUGAAAAAAUGGCCCAGACUAACCCGCUCCCUGUUCCUCUGGGACCCUGGAAGAUCACAGUCUAUGAUCAAGAGAACUUUCAAGGAAAGAGAAUGGAGUUUACGGCAUCAUGCCCAAACAUCAUGGAAUGUGGUUUUGACAACAUCAGAUCUCUAAAGGUGGAAUGUGGAGCCUGGGUAGGCUAUGAACACACUAGCUUCUGUGGCCAGCAGUUUGUCCUUGAGAGAGGAGAGUACCCACGCUGGGAUGCCUGGAGUGGAAGCAAUGCCUAUCACAUUGAGCGACUGAUGUCCUUCCGCCCAGUCUGUUCUGCUAACCAUAAGGAAUCCAAACUAGUCAUCUUCGAGAAAGAGAACUUCAUUGGACGCCAGUGGGAAAUAUGCGAUGACUACCCCUCACUGCAGGCCAUGGGCUGGUGCAACAAUGAGGUGGGAUCCAUGAAGAUUCAGUGUGGAGCCUGGGUUUGCUAUCAAUAUCCUGGAUACCGCGGUUACCAGUACAUCAUGGAGUCCGAUCAUCAUGGAGGAGAGUACAAGCACUGGAGAGAAUGGGGAUCCCAUGCCCAAACCUUCCAGAUCCAAUCUAUCCGACGCAUCCAACAAUAAAGGCCCCAGAUCCUCCCGUCACCUACUAUUGCCGUGUUAGCGAGAGGUCACCAUUUCCUAGUUCAUUAUGGUGCUACCAAUCUCUUUUAAUGCUAAUUUAGAGGAAACAGAAUCCUUUCAUGUACUGUGAAUGCUUGUUGGUAAAAUUACUUCUUAAUUGUACCAGCAGCUAAAAUAAAUGUGAUUCAGAAAAAAAAC